UAUCAAAAUUAUAGGAAACAAUUCAGUUAUAACGUUCUACACUUUUUAUAUUUCAAAAAUAACUUAUCAUACACCUACAUGGUUUAUAUAAAAAAAUUGAAGCAUUUAUACACAGUAAACAUGUAUAUGAAAUGUCACCCUCCAUUUGUUCAAAAACCCCGCCAAUGCGGUAAACACCUGCACCAUGAGUCAACCGCUAUCCGGAGCUCCAGUUUAGAAGGGGGCCACGCGCAAGUCUUCAUUUGUCUUACAACAGAUGUAUUAGUAACUCACGGUUGAUUACGUCUAUAUGAGACAUCGCAUCAUUUUACACAAAUAUAUUUCGUUGCCUAGAAGUGAGUUCCACAAUUAUUGAAAUAUUUUCGGUGGAAGGCUUAAGCCCUUUAGUGUCAAGCGGCUAGUCGAAAUGGAAGCGUGGCGAACUUAUGCAACAAUUUGCAGGUUGUGUUUGCAAAAAGAUGGUUUUAUGUUAGGCAUAUUUAAUCAGAUACAAGGAAAAGAAAAGAGUAUUUGUAGAAAAAUAAAGGAGUUCAUUGACCUACAGAUAUCAUCUGGAGAUGGUUUACCUUCAUUAAUAUGUCACCGUUGUUUGUACAAAAUAGAACUUUGUCUCGAAUUUAAGCAACAGUGCUUUUUAGCAGAUGCUACUCUACGUCAAGUGAACACUCUUCCUGACAAAGAUGCCGUGAAUUUCUUCGAGGGAAAUGGAAAUGGAGAAAACAAUGUUGUUAUGGUGGUGGAUCCAAUGAGUUUAGAUUAUGAAUCAGAAGGUGAGACUGAAAAUGAGCUGCAAAGUGACAUAGAAGCACACGAAUCUAAUGAUUUUAACGAGUUCCGAAAUGUUUUCAUGUGCAAAUAUUGUGAUCAAGCAUUUACUACCAAAAAUGAUUGUGCUUUGCAUGAAAGUACCGGUCAUAAUAGCAAUAUACCAUAUACAUGUGUAAAUUGCAAUAUGGGAUUUGCAGAUCGUAGCCAAUACUCGGCUCAUUUGAAAAGCAUUCAUCAAAAUGACAAACCCUAUAAUUGCCCUGAAUGUGAAAGAACGUUUGCAAGACGCUCUGAUUUACGGAAGCAUACCAUUGUUCAUACAGGUGUUAAACCAUUCACAUGCACUAUUUGUUUAAAAUCAUUUUCAAGGAACACAAACUUGUCUAAACACAUGCGUAUUCAUUCUGGACAUAAGCCAUUUGUUUGUCAGUUGUGCCCUAAAACGUUCAUUUCAAAGGCUGAUCUGUCUCGUCAUUCUAUUAUUCACACUGGACAGAAACCUUUUCGCUGUCGUUACUGCCAUUUAAAUUUCGGGAGGCGGGACAAACUUAUUCGACAUGAAAAACGUCAUUUUCCUCAACAGAAUAUAGGCGACAAAAGUCAGGAAUUGGAAUUAAUGAGACAGAAUUUAUCGUUAGGAAAUUACAGUACAUUAAUAAAAGAAACUGAAAACAACGAGUACAACAGUCAUGCUUCUGAAAAUAAACAAAAUGACUGGAGUAGCCAAGAAAAUAUGGUUAUUAGCAUAAACCCUUUUCAUCACAAUGAAUUCACAAAUAAUGAAGGUACCGCCGGUAAUGAUUUUCAUUCUGAAGAACAAAAUAUAUCAAAAAAUUUAAAUUUGUCAGAUUCAUUUAUAAUGUCUAACAAUAUUGAAAACGUGAAUUUUGAAGGCAACACACCCGAUCGAGUUUCGAAUGACAACGAAGAAUUUAGAGGUUUUGAAAAUAACAAAAAAACUAACGGUGACGCAUUCAAACGACAUCCGUGUUCUCUUUGUAACAAGAAGUUUUCCAGUUCGGAAGGAUUACGUGUUCAUAUGACAUUGCACUCUUUACAAAGGCCCUUCACUUGUACUAUAUGUGGCAAAUCGUUCCUCCGAAAACGAGAAUUGGACCGCCAUCUUGCUACACAUACAGGUAUGAAACCUUUCAAAUGCUCUUAUUGUGAUAAACGUUUUGGAAGGAAGGAUAAAUUAAUAAGACAUUUUCAAAUACACAACGUUAAACGGGAACAUGUUUGUUCUGUUUGUGGAACUUCAUUUAUUAGAAGAGAUGGGCUCACACACCACAUGAAAAAACAUACUCAAGAAAAUAGUGAGGAAAACAGUUUUGUGGUAGUGGCAGGUAACAAUUUAACGAGUUGAUUUUAUUAGAAAUUAUGUUAUUAACUGCAUUUCAUGGCGAAGAAUUUUAUAGGUAAUUACAAAAAUAUUAUAUUAUUAUAAUUUUGAUUAAGUUUUUAUUUUCCUCUAAUUUUUAC